AUGGGUCAAGCCGCAACCAAGGAGCAGCGUUACGGGGGCAGCCAUCAAGAUGGACAUCACGCAAAUGGAGAGGGCUCUUCAUCAUCAUCAGCCAAUGCUACCCCCGCUCGCUCCUAUCCGUCGAGCGUAGAUGGAGGAGCAUUGGAGCCUCAGGGGGUCUAUACCGGACCACAGGACUAUUCGCACGAUGUUGUCAAGACGGCCAUCGUGCAGCGCAAGCUGAUGCCCUUCUACAAGGGAAAAGACGACGAGGAUGCAUAUGAUGGGGAGAGGUUCAAUUCGGAAUGCCCCAUCUGCUUUCUGUACUACCCCUCAACACUCAACAGCACACGCUGCUGCGCUCAGCCUAUCUGUACUGAAUGCUUCGUCCAGAUUAAGCGCGCAGAUCCUGGUCAUACCAAUCCGCCGUCAUCUCAGCCCGCUGAGUGCCCCUUCUGCACCGCUGAGCCCUUUGGCAUCCUUUAUACCCCGCCGCCUGCUUCCACGCAGUCGGGCGACGAGCAGGCGGUCCAGGACGGCGAAGGCUCGCCUGCCACUGCGACUCCCUCUACCUAUGCGCACAAGAGGAGGAAAAGCUUGCCUCAUACUGAUCCGGACGUGUUGACGACGGACAUGAUACGACCCGACUGGCAACAGAAGCUGGCAUCAGCUCAGGCAGCAACGCUCCGCCGAGCAAAUCGCCGCAUUAUCAUGCGCCAGGUAGGCGACCGCCUUAUUCCCAUCGGAAUUUCGUCCUCACGAGCAGGCGCAGACCUGCCAGAGGGGAACGGCCCAGGCGGGGCCAUCAUCCUGCAGCAGGGCGAACGAUGGGGGCCUUUCUCUGCCACAGACGAGGGACAAGGGACGGGCAGAAGAUCCUCGAGCAGGAGAGGAGCGGCGCUGCAGAUGGGAGGUCAGGAUGUUGAGGAGAUGAUGCUCAUGGAGGCGAUGAGGUUGUCUCUCAUUGAACAUGAGGAGCAGCAGAGGCGGCAGGCGGAGGCGAAUAGGAGAAGUGGGGCAGCUCAGCCUGAAACGCAGCAGGCAGCAUCGACGGCAUCACCAGCAGCGCAGCCUGCUGGGGGCGCACCAUCCUCACCUCCGGCCAACACCAACACUACGCGCCAAUCGACGGACGGGUCUCCGUCAACGCCAUCGAAAGGUCUCGGUCGCUCCUCCUCAACAUCACGAGGCCAGCCAAUGACCAACCCCUCACGAAGGGCAGAACGCCUAUCGCAAGACCUGCGAAGCGCCACACUUGCGGACGAGGCUGGCUUCUCUUCAUCGCCAGCGGCGGGCUCCUCUGUGCCGAGUGGAUCUGCCUCAACUUCAGCGCCAAUCCGGGCAACGAACGCAGCACCCUCUUUCCCUGCAUCACCGCCGAAAGCUGCACCCGCCACCUCCUCAUCAGCAACGGCAACAGCGCCAACAGCAGCGGGUCCCUCCUCGCCCUCUAGCGGCGCUGCAGCUCGCCCGCAAUCUCACAACUUCGGUCUGCGAGACGACAUGCUCGCUGAGCUGUCUGAGUUGAUCGAUGAGCCGGACGAGGAGACCCGGCAGCGAAUAGCAACGGCAAGGAGGAUGAAGGAGGAACGCGAGCAGGCAGAGAUGGAGCGGGUGAGGAAGGCCCAGCAACAGGCAGCGUCAGUGAAUGCAGCGACAGCGGCAAGUGGUAGCGCGUCACCGCCUCCAAGCUCCCCAACGAUGGGCAGCGCGAGGCCGCUGAAUCCGAACAAUCCCUUCCGCAAUCGGAUGGCGAGCGCGGAAAGCUCACCAACGCACUCGAGGACCUCUAGCGCGGCCUUUGCGUCGUUCGCACCGUCGCAGAGUGGGGGCGCUGGUCAAGGACAGUAG